CCACGGUAGCUCCGAGCUGGAUGCGGCGGCUGCAGGAGGAGCUGCAGCUGCUCCUGCAAUACCUGCAAGAGCUGUUGCAACAGCUGCAACAGGAGGAGGACGGUUCCCCCGGGGCCCGAAGCGGCCGCCCCGCGCCCGGCUUCCAUGCGCCUCCGCGCCCGGGGAGCCCUCCAGGCGCCGGAGCCCCCCCCGCCCCCGCGCAGCAUGAGCCAGGCGGAGCUGUCCACCUGCUCGGCCCCGCAGAGCCAGCGCAUCUUCCAGGAGGCGGUGCGCAAGGGCAACACCAAGGAGCUGCAGUCGCUGCUGCAGAACAUGACGAACUGCGAGUUCAACGUCAACUCGUUCGGGCCCGAGGGCCAGACGGCGCUGCACCAGUCCGUCAUCGACGGCAACCUGGAGCUCGUCAAGCUGCUCGUCAAGUUCGGCGCCGACAUCCGCCUGGCCAACCGCGACGGCUGGAGCGCCCUGCACAUCGCCGCCUUCGGCGGCCACCAGGACAUCGUGCUGUACCUCAUCACCAAGGCCAAGUACUCGGCCAGCGGCCGGUGAGGGCCGGGGGAGAGGCGGGCCGCGGACCCAACCAAGGAGGACCCGCAGGAGGAGGCGGCCCGCGCUGCCCGGGGAGCGGGAACGGACGCCUCCGUUAGCCGCCGGCUGCGCGCGCAGCUGGGAC